GAGAGCGUGAAGGUGCUGCGGCUGACUCUGCCCAAUGACCUCCCGGGCGACAGGCGCGAGCAGGCGAAGCAGAAGCCGGUGGGAAAAGCCUUCGCCAUGGUGGCCAACAGAUCCAGCAACGGUCACUCCCUGGCCUCCGAGUGCAUCAAAUCCAACGACGGCGAUGAGGAGAUCAUCAAGGUUUACCUGAAGGCACGAGCUGAGGGCAACAUGAACCACGAGGAGCACGUCAACCAGCUGAAAAGUGAAGUUCGUUACAUUCAAGAGGCUAGAAGUUCUUUGAAGAAGCUGCGGGAAGACUUAAGUAGUAAACUUGAGAACAGACAAGGAGAUAAACAGCACGCACAGGUUGUGCUGGAAAAUCAGAACGGGAGCUGGUUGUACCCCGAGAGGCUGUGUGCUGAUUCCUGGGAGGAGCAGGAGGAGGAUUGCUCAGGUGAAGAUGUGGAAAAGAUCCGACAGACGGCAAAGAAGCUGUUCACAAAGCUGCAGGAGGCUGAGAAGCGCCAUCAGUUGGAGAGGAAAGCCUUUGAGAGGACGGUCUCACAGUACCAGGAGGAAGCGGAACAGGCAAGUUCUGCCCUGCGGAGAGCAGAGCAAAGUGUGGUGGAGAAGGAGGUGCAAGUGGAUGAGCUGCAGAGACUCCUGGCAGGGAUGGAGAAGGAGCACAGGAGUUUGCUGCUGAAGAUGAAAGAAGGAGAAGCAGAGUUGGCGCGGCUCAGAAGCGUGGAAGGUGACAAGCUCGCUGAACAAGACCGGUCAGCCCAGCUGGAGAAGGAGGUGGCCAUGCUGCGGGAGAAGAUACACCAUCUGGAUGACAUGCUGAAGAGCCAGCAACGCAAAGUCCGCCAGAUGAUCGAGCAGCUCCAGAACUCCAAAACGGUGAUUCAGGCCAAAGAUGCCGUGAUCCAGGAGCUCAAGGAGAGAGUCGCGUACUUGGAGGCUGAGAACCUGGAGAUGCACGACCGUAUCGAGCACUUGAUCGAGAAGCAAGUCAGUCGGGGUGGCCACAGCUCCAGGGUGCGCUCCAAGUCGGAGUAUGUGAGCAGCAAAAGGCUGACGGGCCCCAAGCCGCUGCCUCUCAUUCGAGUAGUGGAAACAUGA